GACCUUUUCCUCUCUCUCUCUCUCUCUCAAAAACACAGACUUCGCAAAACUCACUCUCACCAGCAAAACCCUUUCCUUGGCUCGCGCCGCCGUCGGUCAGAGCUUUCCGACCACCGAUCAAAGCUCUCUGGCCGCCACUUCAAAGUCUCAUUUACAAGUUCUCUCUUUCUCUCUGUAGUUGUGUCAUUCACUCACUCUCUCUCUCUCUCUCUUGUUCGUUCUCUCUAGUUCACUCUCGUUCGUGUCGUUAUCUCGUUUGCUCUCUCUAAUUUGUUCUAUUUUCAUGAUUAUUUGUUGUGUAAAUGAAUGUUUAUUAAUUUAUUUGCAAACCCCAACUCAUUUGCUCUCUCUUAUGCUUCAAUUUGUUCAUGCCUUAAUCUAUUUAUGUUUUAAUUUAAUAUUUCUCAUCAAUAGUUUUCCUUUAGUGAGUCCAGUUUGACUAUGCCAUGUUCUAAUUUAGGAUUCUUUUUAUUUAUGCUUUAAUUUAUUUAUUGCAUACUUAAGUUUCUACACAAACAAUUGCUAUUACUCUGUUGUGUUUGGUUUGGUACUAUUACUGUUAUUCUUUUUAUUCAUGAAAUAUGGCAGUUCCUUUUGGUUUGUUACUAUUGUUGUGUUGUGUUUGGUUUGGUACUAUUGCAGUGUUUGGUACAAAUAAUAAGAUUUUGCUUAUUAUCAAGGGCAUAGACGAAUGACAAUAAAGUAGCCAGGUAAAGAGGCUUAUUAUCAAGGUUGAAUGCACAAAUAUAGAAGAGGGUGCAGGUCAAUAGUGUCCAAGUUCCAAAUGUGCGUCCAUGAACUUCACUCACUGCAACAAAUGAUAAACUCUUAUCAGUUCCCAUAAUUCUGCAAUGCAUAUUGGAAUAACAUUUGAAAUUACACAGAAGAACGCCCAAAGAAAUGCAGCAAACCAACUUUGCUAAGCCAUUGUGAUGUGAGAUUCAAUGCCAGUUUAAUGUUAGAAUCGCUUCGUGGGAAGAGGAUGAUGUUUGUCGGCGACUCCAUUAACCGGGGUCAGUAUGUCUCUUUGAUAUGCCUUCUCCAUCAACUCAUUCCCUAACAUGCCAAAUCCAUCUUGUAAUGGAGCAACCAUGGAGGAAUUGGAAGAGAAAAGAAGAGCCCAAGUAGUAGCAAAGCUUCAUGCAAUUCUUAGGCCAUUUCUUUUGCGUAGAAUGAAGUCUGAUGUUGAGCUAAUGUUGCCACGGAAAAAAGAGAUCAUUGUAUAUGCUAACAUGACUGAGCAUCAGAAGAGCUUGCAGGAACAUUUAAUUAAUGAGACACUAGGGAAAUAUUUGAAUGACAAACUUUCAAUUGGACGCUCUGUGACAAAGCUCAAUAAUUUGGUUCUUCAACUUAGGAAAGUCUGUAACCAUCCUGACCUCCUAGAAUCGGCUUUUGAUCGUUCAUAUUUUUAUCCUCCUGUGAAUGAGAUCAUUGAACAAUGUGGAAAAUUCCAUUUGCUCAACCGAUUGUUGGAACGACUAUUUGCACGAAAUCACAAAGUUCUGAUCUUCAGUCAGUGGACUAGAGUGUUGGAUAUAAUGGAUUAUUAUUUCAGUGAAAAAGGCUUCGAAGUUUGCAGGAUUGAUGGUUCAGUGAAACUGGAGGAUAGGAAACGGCAGGUAUGUACCAAUGCAUGGAUAACACCACUCUGAUAAGAUAAUUAGUUU